AUGGGAGACCUAGUUGCAGCAAGCCUGAUCGCCGAGGAUGACGAAUUUGCCAGAGAGACCAUUUUAAAGACUGCCAAAUAUGUUGCAGAGAACGGCGCCAGCUUUGAAAAGAAACUACGAGAUGAUCCAAGGUUCUCUUUCGUUAAUCCAGGAAAUUCCCACUAUGAACUUUAUGAGCGAAUGCUAGUAGAUGAACAGAGGUCCGGUACGAAGAAUAAUGAAGCCUUUUUGCAGGACAAAGAUACCAAACCACAGGAACCAUACCCGUUUUCGUUCAUGAGUUACGCAAAGAAACUUACAAAACGAGAUUUGGAAAUCAUCAAACUGUCGGCAGCAUAUUGUGUUGUCAAUGAAGAUAUUGAUUACAUGGAGAAGAUGAGAAAUCAAUUUAAAGAAGAUGAACUGUUCGGUUUCCUAAGCCCUGAUCAUGCAUUGAAUAGCACUUUUAUUCAUUUCAUGAAUCAGUACAGGAAAGUCAAGAGUGGCGAACUGGGGCCUCCAUUUUUUGAGUUAAGAAAUGAAGAUUUCAAGUACAAGAUACUUCAUAGAAGUUUCGAAAGAGCAGAGUUUAAUGAAUAUAGCAAGGAACUAAAGAAUGAAAAGCAAAGAGCAAUGCACAUGCAGAAAGUUCAAUUCGCGGCCUUUGACUGGACCCAGUUCAAGGUAGUGGAUAAGUUCAUCCCACUUUCAUCAGAUGACACGGACGUGCCUAAGCCGCUCGACUUCAAUCAAUUGGCAGUGAAAAGACUGGGAUCUGCUGGUGGGCUUGAUAUGUUUGAUAAAGUUCAUGAGCAGCAGCAAACAAGCUCAAAGGAGAGUGAAGGAAAGUCCAGAAAGAGAAAAGUUAAAGCAGCUGGUGAGACGCGGCUUAAGAGGCGAAACAUCGGGAGCUCAAUGAGAAAUACAUCUGACAUCAAGUAUAUUGAAUGCCCAAUUAGCCAUAAAAUGGUACCCGAGGAUAAAUUCGAUAAGCACCUGCAAAUAUUACUUACCGAUCCACAUUAUAAAUUAGAAAGGGAGAAGUAUGAAGCCAAGCAUAAGCUUUCGAAUCUAAGUUCGACUGAGGUCUUUGAGAACGUUAAGCGAAUUGCGAGAAUCGCAAGUGAAAAAACUUAG